AUGGUCACUUGCGAAGCUCCCGUCGAUGGCAUCGUCGGCGCAUACACGGGCAGCAGCUUCGCCGUCCAAGCCUCAAUAGCCAGUCUCCUCGGCUGCGCCCUCUACAGCGCCCUCGAACUUAUAGUCCUCGUCUUCUCCAUUUUCCACAUCUACGGCGGCCUAUACUUCUGGAGCCUCUUGAUUUCCGCCUCCCUAGGCGUGAUCCCCGAUGCCCUGGGUCUGAUCCUAAAAUACUUUGAGCUGGCCCCGAUAUGGAUUCCGGUAACACUCUCGACGGCCGGCUGGGCCAUCAUGGUCACAGGCCAAUCGCUCGUGCUCUAUUCACGGCUUCAUCUCGUCGUGAUGAAUCAGACGGUCCUGCGGUGCGUACUGGGGAUGAUUAUCUUCGAUGCGAUUACGAUGCAGACACCGCAGAUUGUGGCUUCUUAUGGCGCUGUGUAUGCGUGUCAGACGAGGUUUCCGGUUUUCUUCAAUAUCUGGGAGAAGGUUCAGUUGACUGUGUUCUUCGUGCAGGAGAUUAUCAUCUCGGCGUUGUUUAUUGUGCAGACGAUUCGGUUGUUGCUUUCUUAUCCGUCGCGUUCGAAGCGGAGGACGAAUAUCAUGUAUCAGUUGAUUGCGAUUAAUGCGGUGAUUAUUUUGAUGGACAUUGCGCUUUUGUCGUUGGAGUUUAACGGGCUGUUUAUCGCGCAGACGGUGGCGAAGUGUUUCUUUUAUACGGUGAAGCUUAAGUUGGAGAUUGCGGUCUUGUCGAGGUUGGCUUCGUUCGUGAAGUCGAAUUCAGAUCAGGGGUCGUCGGGGUUGAGUCGAUUCCAGGAGCAUUCGUGA